GAUUAGCAGAAUUGAGUCGGCAUUUGCAGUGCCCGGUGCCUCGCCUUGAUGCCACUUGUCUCUCACACGCCUGACCACUGCUUCUAGGCUGACCAUCGGUUUUGUGGCCCACUCUCCUCCGGAGGAGAGUAGGACAGUUGAAAAAAAGCACUGGCCCACGGACAGCCAAGUAUGCUCUGUAUUCCGUAUGCUUAACUGGAUUCCUCUACAUCUCCGCCCGAAAUCACUGAACACCGCCAGCACGCAAUGAGUCGACUCAGAAUGGCCUUCAACGAAGUCUUUCAAUACUCUAUUGUCUCGGCCUUGAUGGAUGGCGUCGCCACUCAUGGCAUCCCGAUUGCUCGCGUUCUCGAGCACGGCGACCACGGCCUGGGCACUUUCCGCAAUAUGGUCGGAGAGAUGAUCGUGGUCGAGAGCGAAGUGUACCAGAUGAAAGCCGAUGGGUCCGUCGUGCACAUUGACCCAGAAACCACCAUCACGCCCUUUGCUACCGUAACGCGGUUCCGCCCUACAACGACCAAAAAGGCUGCCGUUUCGGGAAAGGCCGGCCUCGAGGAUCUGCUGAACUCAAUGUUCCCCAAAGCAAGGAAUCACUUCCUGGCGGUACGCAUGGAUGGGGUUUUCACAAAGAUCAAUGUCCGAACAGCUGGCGGGCAGCUCAAGCCUAGGGAAGGGAUGGUGGAUGUGUGCUCCCGGCAGACGACCCAUACGUUUGAGGCGGUCAAGGGGACAAUCGUCGGAUUCAGGUGCCCGGAGUACGUGAUGGGAGUCAAUGUUGCCGGCGACCACUUCCACUUCAUCACGGAGGACAGGCAACGGGGAGGUCAUAUUCUGGCUUUUGAGACGGAUGGGGACGUGGAAAUUGGAGCCGCGCAACUGUCCAACUUCCACUUGGAGUUGCCGUCGGAAGAUGAAGAGUUCAAUGAAGCGACAUUGAAGCUUCAGGCCCAAGGCAUCAAGAAAGUGGAGGGGUAAUUAGAUUACGCAGUUGAGAACUUCAUGAUGGUUGAUGAUGUUAGUAUCAUUCCCCAGCCGUUUCUGUGACAGGUUUGCCCGCUGUCGAGGCUUAUAGUGGUGUUGCAUCCCUUGAUGUCGGACAGCAUCCGGUUUCGGCACAGCUCAAAUGCCGCGUCAGGAUAUUUGACCAGUUUGGGAAGGUGGGUGAUUCGUUAGCCUAAAACUGCAUUUUGUU